UUCGAGUUUUAGUAGGUAUUUAAAACCUUACUGCUGUCUCUUUCUCACAUUUAUCUACUGUGAACUGUGAAAAAAUAGUGAACUGUGAAGUCAGAAGUGUUUAGUGUGAUUUGUGAACAACUUCUACAAUUUACAUAAAUAUUACUACUAAUCAGUACCUACUCAGUUUGAGUUCAGUUAUUACCACAGAACACGUUAUUAGUUAUUACUUAUUCGUUCGUCUGUAGUGAACAAUUAUCAAAACAUGGCACCGAUAGGAUGGAUGUGUUGUAGCCGUAAGACUAAAUCAGUAAGCCCCAUAAGCCCACUUGACAAAGAUGGGACAUAUGAUUAUGAUUUGGCGGUGAUUGGUGGUGGUUCUGGAGGUCUUGCCUGUGCUAAAGAAGCAGUAAAUCAGGGUGCUCGAGUUGCUGUGUUAGAUUAUGUGACACCCUCGCCACAAGGUACAAAAUGGGGUCUCGGAGGGACAUGUGUAAAUGUUGGGUGUAUUCCAAAGAAGUUGAUGCAUCAGGCUGCAAUUCUAGGAGAGAGUAUACAUGAAUCAGUAGCAUAUGGCUGGGAAGUGCCUUCAUUAGAUCAGAUUAAAAUUAACUGGUCGGCACUGACACAGGCCGUGCAAAAUCAUAUUAAGUCUGUAAACUGGGUAACUAGGGUGGACUUGAGAGAUAAGAAAAUUGAGUACAUAAAUGGCUUAGGAGAGUUCAAAGAUAAGCAUACUAUUGUUGCAACACUCAAGAAUGGAAGUAAGAAGGAGUUAACGGCAAAGAAUAUUGUGAUAGCUGUCGGUGGACGACCCCACUACCCAGACAUACCCGGAGCCUUGGAGUACUGUAUUACCAGCGAUGAUGUAUUCAGCUUGGGUCAUCCUCCAGGCAAGACCCUCGUUGUUGGAGCUGGAUAUAUUGGUCUUGAAUGUGCCGGCUUUCUCAACUCCUUGGGCUACCCAACAACAGUGCUAAUCCGUUCGGUGCCGUUGCGUGGUUUCGAUCAACAGAUGGCGAGCAUGGUCACCAACGAGAUGGAGGAGAAGGGUGUGAAGUUGUUCCACAAGUGUGUGCCGCUAUCAGUCGAAAAACUUGAAUCGGGCCAGUUGAAGGCUAGAUGGGUUAACAACGAAACUAAGGAACAAGCGGAAGAUGUCUUCGACACAGUGCUAAUAGCGACCGGGCGGUAUGCACUCACAAAGAACCUACAUUUGGAGGCAGCUGGAGUGUUGAGUUUAUCGGAGAACGGUAAGAUCGUAGCUGAGACGGAGCAGACGAACGUGCCUCACAUAUACGCUGUAGGGGACGUGCUGGAGGGACGGCCAGAGCUGACGCCGGUGGCCAUCCACGCGGGCCGCCUGCUGGCGAGGCGUCUGUUCGCGGGAGCGACGCAGCUCAUGGACUACGACAACGUGGCCACCACGAUCUUCACGCCGCUGGAGUACGGCUGCGUGGGCCUGAGCGAGGAGACGGCUGUGGCUAGGUUUGGGUCGGAGAACAUUGAGGUGUACCACGCUUACUACAAGCCGACCGAGUUCUUCAUUCCGCAGCGCAACAUUCGCAAUUGUUACCUGAAGGCGGUGGCGCUCCGCGAAGCGCCGCAGCGGAUCCUGGGGCUGCACUUCGUUGGUCCCGUAGCGGGGGAGGUCAUACAGGGCUUCGCAGCUGCCAUGAAAUGCGGCAUAACCAUGGAGCAAUUGAUGAAUACCGUUGGAAUCCAUCCCACGGUAGCCGAGGAGUUCACGCGGCUGAACAUUACCAAGCGGUCCGGCAAGGAUCCCAACCCAGCUUCAUGCUGCAGUUAAAUCCUAACCUAACUCAUUGUCGGCCAUCUUGUGUCCGCCAUUUUGUUUUUUCAAUUCACUUCCACCAUUCACAAUGUUGUUGCAUUUUACAUUAAUUUGAGAUAUUUCAUAAUUUUAUACUGAACACAAUCGGUGAUGGCGGAAGCACUCCAGUGCUUAAAUUGAACCUGAAUUGAUUACACAUGUAUCCAUUUACAUUUCUGAUGGCAUGAUAGCGAACUCUGAUCGUGUUCGCACGAAAUAAUUCAAUAAGUAGAUAUGUAUUACUGAAUCUAAUUGUCAAAUUCGAAAGAUCAUUAGAUAAUCUGUGUCCAUAUAAAGUAUUAAACAAUACUAAAAUAGCUAUUUAUCUAAUUGUUGUGAAAUCUGUGUUUAGUUGUGGAUGUUUAGACAAUUGCACAUUUAUUUAUUGGUGCUCUUUAAGCCUUGUUGUUAAAAUGUAAUGAAAAUUGUUAACACUUUACUCAUAUGAAUACAGUUCAAAUUAUUCCAUAUACAUGUUUAUAGAAAACAUUAUGUAUGAGUUUGUGAUGUAGUUUUAUCAGUUGGCAGUACUGUCAAUCACUAAUGUCAACUAUAUUUAAGGAAACAAAGCACUUUUUUAAUUCUAUCUAAAUUAAUUCAUAGUUACAAAGACCCAGUAUUAGUAAUAUGUAGUAAUGUCUCGCAUUAAAUGUGUGCUGUGACAUUCCAGUUGCAUUCAGGAAGGGGUAAUUACGACAUGUCUAAUUAUGGUUUACAAUAAAGUGAUAUAUUUGUA